CGUCGCCGUGUCGAGCGAAUUGCUGUUGCUGUUUUCUCGUCUCGGCGAAGAUUUUCAUCUUCAAGAUUUACUGGGUAGCUUUAAAACUCGUCCGUCGCUUCAUAGCAGUUAAAAACAGCCAGCACCAUGGCUGACUUCCUAGACUCGGAAGCUGAAGAAAGCGAGGAUGAGAUGCUUGAUAAAAAUGACAAAAAAAGACUAAAGAAAAUCCAAGAUUCAGAAAGUGAAGAAGAAGAUGAUGAGGAGAAGUUGCGUGAAGAGUUAAAAGACUUGAUUGAUGAUAAUCCUAUUGAGGAAGAAAGUGAUGGGGAUGACAGUGAUGCAUCGCAAAAUUCCAAGAAACGUAAAAAAAGCGAUGAUGAAGAUUUUGAUGAUCGUUUAGAUGAUGAAGACUAUGAUGUUAUUGAAGAAAAUUUAGGUGUAAAAGUUGAAAGAAAAAGAUUUAAACGUUUAAAAAGAAUUGAUGAUGAAGAAUCUGAAGAUGAAGGACAAGAUCAGGAAGCUGAGCAGGACAGAGAUGCUAUUGCUAAUGAAUUGUUUGAUGGAGGAUCUGGUGAUGAAAGGGAUGCACUAGUGGAAGAUGAAAGAAGUGAACGCAGCCAUAGACCAGUGGCUGAAACUUAUGAUGAUGUAGGAAGUGAAGAGGAGUCAGAUGCUGAUGAUUUUAUUGUUGAUGAUGAUGGCGAACCAAUUCGUAAACCUGGUCCAAGGAAAAAGCACAUUUUUAAUGAUGUGGCAUUACAAGAAGCUCAAGAUAUUUUUGGUAUUGAUUUUGAUUAUGAUGAAUUUGAGAAAUAUGGUGAUGAUUAUGAGGAAGAUGAAGAAGAAGAGGAGGAGGAUGAAUAUGCAGAAGAUGAUGAUGCAGAACGUCUCAAAAAGACAAAAAAAGCAGCUAAGAAGAAAGCUACAAAAAAAAGUAUUUUUGAAAUUUAUGAACCUAGUGAGUUGAAACGUGGCCAUUUCACUGAUUUAGAUAAUGAGAUACGUACAACCGAUAUUCCUGAGCGAAUGCAACUUAGAUCUGUACCAGUGACUCUUGCCUCAGAAGAAGAGCUUACAACAGAAGCACAGUGGAUCUAUAAUCAAGCAUUUGAACGCAAGACUGUUUCCAUACAAGAUGCUCAUUUAAACGCAGAAGCUAAAGAGCGCGCCAGAAAAGGGCCCCAAGCGGUAUCUAAAAUCAAAAAGGCUCUUGACUUCAUGAGAAAUCAGCAUUUCGAAGUUCCAUUUAUCUCUUUCUAUCGAAAAGAAUACGUUCUACCAGAAUUGAAUAUCAACGAUCUUUGGAAAAUUUACAAAUACGACGCCAAGUGGUGCCAACUACGUCAACGCAAAGAAGCUCUACUUGUUCUUUUUCGAAAAAUGAAGCGUUACCAAGAAGAUCAUAUUAUGAAAGAUAUAGAUGCGCCUCUUCCAGAAAACAUGAGACUAAUAGAAGAUGAGGAUAUUAAACAACUUGAGAAUGUACAGACAACUGAAGAAUUAAACGACUCUUAUCAUCAUUUCAUGUUAUAUUAUAGCCAUGAAAUACCAAAAAUGCAAGAGAUUGUUAGGAAACAGGAAAAAGAAAAACGGCACUUGGAAAGAAUAGCUAGACGAAAACAGCAAAUAACUGAGGCAGAGGAGAACGGAGAAGAGCCACCACCCGAAGAACCUGAAGAUGUGGAAGAAGAAGAGAAUGAUGAGACAUUAAAACAAGCUGUUCGUACUGGUCCUUAUUCCAUUUGCCGCAGAGCUGGGUUAGACAGUUUAGCCAAGAAGUUUGGUUUACCACCAGAACAGUUUGCUAAAAAUCUCAGCGAAGAGUACCAGAUUUACGAGGUUGACCAAGAACCGACUGAGCCGAAUGUCGUUGCUGCAGAGUUUAUCAAUGAAAAGUUCUCAACUACGGAAGAAGUACUUAAAGCUGCACAACUGAUGGUAGCUAUGCAAAUAGCAAGAGAACCUUUGGUUAGAGAAUCGGUUAGAAAAAUGUACAAAGAGAAGGCAAAGAUCUCUGUGCGGCCAACGAAGAAAGGUAUCAAGAUUAUUGAUGAAAAUCAUCCUAUCUAUACUAUGAAAUACGUGAAAGGCAAGCCUGUAAGAGACCUUGUAGGAGAUCAGUAUUUGAAACUUGCAAUGGCACAAGAUGAUAAAUUAAUCACAAUAAGCUUUUCCGAUCAAAUUGAAGGAAAUACGACCAAUAACUACGUAGAACAAAUGAAACAACUUUACUACAGAGAUGAAUUCAGUAAAAACGUUCAAGAAUGGAAUGACCUUCGCGUGGGAAGUGUAGAAAUGGCUUUGACGAAAAUGGUCAUACCAGACCUGAAAAAGGAGCUGCAUUCGAUAUUGUUGACUGAAGCCAAGGACUGUGUAAUGCGAUCAUGCGCUCGCAAAAUGUAUAAUUGGAUAAAAAUUGCACCGUACAGUUGUGAAUACCCCGACGAAGAAGACGAAGAAUGGGAUACCACGAAAGGUAUUCGCGUUAUGGGCUUAGCUUAUGUAUCAGAUUUUUCAGUGGCAGCGUUUGCAUGUAUGAUUGCCCCUGACGGCGAGUGUACUGACUAUUUGAAAUUACCGCACAUUCUUAAAAGAAAGAACAGUUUUCGAGAAUCCGAUAAAGUCAUGAAGGAGGCCGAUCUUUUGGCAAUCAAAAAUUUCAUUGCAACAAAGAAACCUCAUACAGUUGUGAUUGGAGGAGAAUCCAGAGAUGCACUGAUGAUCGCGGAAGAUGUUAAAGAAGUGAUCGCAAGUUUGGUUGCAGACGAACAGUUUCCAAAUAUUGGUGUAGAGAUCAUGGAUAACGAACUUGCGGCUAUUUACUCCAACAGUCAUAAAGGUAUCUCUGAAUUCAGAGACUAUCCGGAACUUUUGCGUCAAGCAAUUUCACUAGCGCGUCGUUUACAAGACCCAUUAGUCGAAUUUUCGCAAUUGUGCAACGCCGAUGAUGAAAUUCUUUGUCUAAAAUUCCAUAGCUUACAAGACCAACUACCCAAAGAAGAUUUGCUUGAAAAUAUUUGUUUAGAAUUUGUAAAUCGAGUAAACGAAGUUGGCGUUGAUGUUAACAAAGCUGUGCAACAGCCUUACUCGGGUAAUCUUGUGCAAUUUGUGGCUGGUUUAGGCCCGAGGAAGGGACAGUAUCUAAUGAAGACUCUGAAGCAGACAAAUCAACGACUGGAAAACCGUACGCAGCUCGUUACAUUGUGUCACAUGGGGCCCAAAGUGUUUAUUAACUGCGCGGGUUUCAUUAAAAUCGAUACAAAUAGUUUGGGUGACAGCACGGAAGCCUAUGUCGAAGUUCUCGAUGGGUCACGUGUUCAUCCUGAAACGUACGAGUGGGCGAGGAAAAUGGCUGUGGACGCGUUGGAAUAUGAAGAUGAAGAAACAAAUCCUGCGGGUGCGUUAGAAGAGAUUCUUGAGUCUCCUGAAAGAUUGAAAGAUUUGGAUCUUGAUGCAUUUGCCGAAGAACUUGAGAGACAGGGCUUCGGAAAUAAAUGUAUCACGCUCUACGAUAUUCGUUCAGAGCUCAAUUGUAGAUACAAAGAUUUGCGAAUUCCAUACCAAUCCGCGACACCCGACAAACUUUUUGAUAUCCUUACAAAGGAAACUCCAGAAACCUUUCACAUUGGUAAGCUCCUUGAAGCUACAGUCGUAGGAAUCAGCUAUAAGAAACCCAAAGGCGAGCAAUUAGAUCAAGCCAAUCCUGUACGUAAUGAUGACACUGGUUUAUGGCAGUGUCCAUUCUGUUUGAAAAAUGAGUUUCCCGAGCUCUCGGAGGUAUGGAAUCAUUUUGACGCCGGUGCCUGUCCAGGAAAAGCAACUGGUAUUAGAUUACGUCUAGACAAUGGAAUAUCCGGUUAUAUUCACAUUAAGAAUUUAUCAGAUAAACAUGUUGUCAAUCCAGAGGAAAGAGUUCGUAUAGGUCAUCGAAUUCACUGUCGGAUCAUUAAAAUUGAAACCGAUAGGUUUGGCGUUGAGGCUACCAGUAAAAGUAGCGAUUUGGCCGAUAAAAAUAAUGAAUGGAGGCCGCCAAAAGAUCCUUACUACGAUAAUGAAACCGAAGGCAAAGACAAUUUAGUCGAAGAAGAGGCAAAGAAGACAAAACAAAGACAAAUUUAUGUAACUCGCGUAAUCAUUCAUCCAUCGUUCAAAAAUAUCACAUACGCUGACGCGGAGAAGCUGAUGCAGAGUAUGCAACAGGGUGAGGUAAUAAUUCGUCCCUCGAGUAAAGGAGACGAUCACUUGACUGUCACGUGGAAGGUCACCGACGACGUGCACCAACACAUCGAUGUUCGCGAGGAAGGCAAAGAAAACAAAUACUCGCUUGGGCGUAGUUUGUGGAUCGGCAAUGAAGAAUUUGAAGAUCUCGAUGAAAUCAUUGCUAGGCAUAUCAAUCCUAUGGCUGCAUAUGCUUCCGAGCUUUUGGAAUUUAAAUACUUCAAACCACAUGUUAUGGGUAUGAAAGACAAAGCGGAAGAGAUACUUAAAGAAUCAAAGAGAGAAAAUCCUGGUGGCAUUCCUUAUGUCGUUUCUGCAGCUAAGAAUUAUCCUGGAAAAUUCAUGCUAUCUUAUCUUCCUCGUACGCGAUGUCGCCACGAGUACAUUUCCGUAACUCCAGAUGGUUUUAAAUUUAGAGGUAAUAGUUUUUCUCGAGUGGGUGAUCUGUUCCGUUGGUUCAAGGAACAUUUUAGGGAUCCGAUUCCUGGUCAAGCUACUCCAAGUACACCGAGAGUGUACCACACUACACCUGGCAUGAACAUGAAUGGAAUGAAUCAAGAAACUAUACAGGCAGUUGCUCGACAAUUGCCCCGUGCAGUCAUGCACUCGUUAUCACAAGUGGCGAACCAUACUCCGCACUAUCCACAAACACCAGGCGCUGCCAGUACCGCCACUGGUUAUGGUAUACAUGGUACUCCAUAUGCUAUCAAUACACCGUAUACACCGUCCGGGCAGACGCCCUACAUAACUCCUUAUCAAACACCUGCUAAUCCGACACCUCGUUACGGAGAAUCAACUCCUAGUAGUCACAACAUGUCUGGACACCAAUUCACUGGAGUUAAUGAAGCCGAUUGGAGGAGAGCUGCUGAAGCUUGGGCCAGACAUACUUCAAGACCGGGAACCAAUCAAGGAACUCCACACACAAAUUCCAGUCCAAGAAGUAUGUCACUAAGUGGAGAUGGUACGCCUUUGUACGACGAAAGCCUCUAAUUAUGUAAUUAGUUUCAUUGUAUUUAUGUAAAUGACAUUAUAAUUAUA